GGAUUGCCGAAUCAUUUGUCCUGCCCGGACUGCUGGAAGCGGCCGCAGCGCCAUGUUGGCGAAGUCUCUCAUCUCUGUGAGGAAAAAAUGAUAGAAAACACACUUGUCGAGAAGAAAAGGUAGAUCGCCGAAGGAGGCUGAAGAUCGUGGCGAUUAUUUCUUUUAAAAGAAACGAACCGGGCCGGAUCCGCAGAGGUUCCGGACGGGUGAGGGAGGCUAAACCUCCCACCGUCCCCAUGAAUAGCACCGCUGAUCCGAACAGCGACUUUCCAUGAAAAAAAAGACGUUUGUGUUGCUGUUCGAGCUUCGUUAUCCCAGUUCGUUAAAGGGAUUUGGGGCCUGCUUCAAGAAUCUGCUACGCUUGCUCAAUGUAUGCAAGCUAGGCGUUGUUUGUAUCAGUAUUUAUUAAGGUAUUGUUUUUAUUUGUUGAUUUUUUUGCGAUGAGUUUGCCACCGAAAGUGGUCCCCAAACCCGCCGCUGUCGCAGUUAGCGGACCUGGAAGUGGCCCCUCUCCGUCGAGCCAACUGCGGGCUACCCUGACCUCCGUCUCUUUGCCGCCGGGAGCCCCAGCAGCUCCACAGCCCGGCGCUGUACCUCCACCUCAAAUCUCACGGGUUCAGCCAACACUGGACGAGCGAAUCUUCCCCACACAGCCUGGAGUCGCUGCAGUCUACAGCGUACCCAGGCAUGCUGGCCCUCCUUACACUGCUCACGACAUCACAAAGGGACACCCUAACUUGGCGGGCACCCCGCCCGGUCAUGCCCACUCCCCGGCGCUCUCUCAGGUAUCAGUACCCACAGCUUCCCCAUAUCGCUACCCUAAGGGCUGGGAGGCAGGCGGAGGGUCUCCGUACAACCCUGGACAAAAUGCUGGCUCCGCCCCUCUUGUGUAUUCUCCACAGACUCAGCCAAUGAAUGCACAGCCACAGAGUCGCCCGUUUGCUACGGGCCCUCGACCAACCCACCAUCAGGGAGGAUUCAGGCCUAUCCAGUUUUUCCAGAGGCCUCAGAUGCAGACUGCAAGGCCCACCAUACCUACGAACACGCCCUCUAUACGGCCUGGCUCGCAGACCCCCACAGCAGCUGUCUAUCCCACCAAUCAACCAAUCAUGAUGACCAUGGCGCCCAUGCCUUUCCCCUCCCCACAGGCUGCACAGUACUAUAUCCCACAGUAUCGCCACAGCGCGCCUUACGUGGGACCUCCUCAGCAGUAUUCUGUACAGCCCCCGGGGUCCGGCACGUUCUAUCCCGGUCCAGGGCCGGGGGAGUACCCUACUCCAUAUCAUCCCCUCAGGUACCACCCACCUGUCUCACCCUCUGUCCCUGCUCCCGUUCCCACAGCUGGUCCACCCUACUACCCAGGACAGACUGUGUACCCCCCCUCACCCCCCAUCAUAGUGCCUACACCACAGCAACCUCCACCAGCCAAGCGCGAGAAGAAAACAUCCUCCCAGAUCCGUAUCCGUGACCCCAAUCAGGGUGGCAGGGAUAUCACUGAAGAGAUCAUGGCAGGGGGCUCAGGAAGCAGGAAUUCAACGCCUCCGGUCGGCCCCCCCUCGUCUACCCCGACGCCCCCACAGUUUUUAUGGCCGCACCCUCAUUAUCCUCACAUUUUCUACCUCAAAUCGCAGCAACAGCAGCUGAGCGGCAGCCAGACUCCAGAGCAGCAGCAGCAGUCGCAGCCUCAGCCUCCUCAGCAGCAGCAGGCCCAUCCUGGAGGUUACUCGUUGGAGUCCACUCAGCUAUCAACGCCCCCACAGCCACAGCAGCAGCCGCAGCAAUCGCAGCAGCCACAGCAACCCCUGACAACUGGGGCUUCAGACACCAAACCAGGCCCAGAUGAUACGCCAAAAUUGGAGCCAGUUGUCCAGAAGUCUUCCUCACCUGGGCUCGUACAGCCUGAAGCCCCUGUGGAGAAACUAGAGGCCAACGCUCCUGUAACUGAGCCCUCGUCUGUUGUUCAACCAGAGCUUCCCCUCCCUGCACCGCUGACCACCCCUGUCACUCUCCCACUCACAGUGGCCAACACCAGUGAGCGGCCCUCAUCUAGGGAGUCCACAGCUACAGCCUCGUCUCCCUCCCCCUCAGUCGGGGAGCACAAACCAUCUUUGGCACCACCUCCGACUCCCAACACAGACAAGCCUCUUUCAGAUGCCCCACGAACUCUGGCUGUCUCUCCAGCGCCAGUUCCCAAGACUUUGAAUGGCCUUGCAGACCCAGCGGCUGAGCUCGAUGCGCCAGCUCAUGAGCCUGCUCCUCUGUCCUCAGCUGCACUCCAGCCCCAGGCCUCUGCUCCCGCUCACAGGGAGGCCGCCUCCUCUGAAACGUUGCCCUCUGACGUGAGGCCAGAGGUGCCCAUUGCUGCUGCGCUUGCCUCUAUGGCACCUGUUGCUGUGGUGCCAGUCACCCUGACCUCAAGCCCUGCCCCAGCUUUGCCAGUUAUGCUCCCACCUGGCCUUCCGCCUCUAGUGCAGGCCACAACAGAGGCAGAUGAGCCAAGCAAGGCCACAGACACUAAAGACCUUGUCUCCAGAGUGGGGACAGAGGCACAUGGUGGCAUUUCUGAUAGCAAAACAGAGUCCCAGCAACAAACGCUCACCAGGAAGAGUCCCACUAUAGUGAAUCAGACUACUUCCACUAUACCAAAGACCUGGAGGAAACCAAAUGAAGGGAUCUCUGCUGGAGACGCACCGCAAAAGGAGGAUGAGGACGAGCCCAGGCCAGUCGACCAGCCUGCUGGAGACCAGGCCCUUCAGUCUGCCCCGCUGAGCAGCAGCCCUGUGCUCUUACCACCCGUCUUUGCCUCCAGUCCCGGUCCAGCUCCCGCCAGCAGCCCAGAGGCCGAUGGAAAGCCCGCCGCUCCAGAGGAGAACGGCGAGACCGAGCUGGAGCCGAUGAGGAACGGGGCAGGACACACGUCAGAGACAGAGAGCAGCGACAGUGGAGCCACUCCUGGAGAAAAGGAGAACUCAACAGGUGCUCCACAGGACAUGGAAGACCUAGCUGAGCCCAGUGGGAAGCGGCAGUACGACAGGGACUUCCUGUUGGGUUUUCAGUUCAUGCCUGCGUGCAUACAGAAGCCUGAGGGGCUCCCACCAAUCAGUGAUGUGGUGCUGGACAAGAUAAACCAAAACAAGUUGCCAUCUCGGGUGGUGGAUUCCAGGGUGAUUUCCAGAGGACCUGAUUUCACACCUGCCUUCGCGGAUUUUGGCAGGCAGAUGACUGGAGGACGAGGCGCUGCACUCAUGAACAUCGGCACACGGCGGCCUCCACCCAGGAAGAUCAUCAUGAACGUGUCUGUGAAUGAUGACGUUCAGCUGAAAAAAGCAGAGAACGCCUGGAAACCUGGCAUGAAGAGGGAGGGGCCUCAAGAGGAUCCCGAGAUGCAAAAAACACAGGAGCUCUUCAGGAAGGUGCGCAGCAUCUUGAACAAACUGACGCCUCAGAAGUUCAACCAGCUGAUGAAGCAGGUGACAGACCUGACCAUCGACACAGAAGAGAGGCUUAAAGGGGUCAUUGACCUGGUCUUUGAGAAGGCCAUUGAUGAGCCCAGCUUCUCUGUGGCCUAUGGAAACAUGUGCCGCUGCCUGGCCACGCUCAAAGUGCCCAUGACAGAUAAACCCAACCAAACAGUGAACUUUCGUAAGCUGCUGCUAAACCGCUGCCAGAAAGAGUUUGAGAAGGACAAAGUGGACGAUGUGGUGUUUGAAAGGAAGCAGAAAGAGCUGGACUCUGCUGCAUCAGUGACGGAGCGAGAACGGCUUCAGGAGGAGCUGGAGGAGGCCAAGGACAAGGCCCGGCGGCGCUCCAUUGGCAACAUUAAGUUCAUUGGCGAGCUCUUUAAGCUCAAGAUGUUGACUGAAGCCAUCAUGCACGACUGUGUGGUCAAGCUACUGAAGAACCACGACGAGGAGUCGUUGGAGUGCUUGUGCAGACUUCUCACCACCAUCGGCAAGGACCUCGACUUCGAAAAGGCCAAGCCUCGAAUGGAUCAAUAUUUCAAUCAGAUGGAAAAAAUCGUCAAGGAGAGGAAGACGUCUUCUCGGAUACGGUUCAUGUUACAGGAUGUGAUAGACCUGAGAUUGCACAAUUGGGUGUCCAGAAGAGCCGACCAGGGCCCGAAAACCAUCGAACAGAUCCACAAGGAAGCUAAGAUUGAAGAGCAGGAGGAGCAAAGAAAAGUGCACCAGCAACUGCUCUCCAAGGACAGCAAGAGACGGCCAGAUCCAAGAGAACAGCGUGUGCAGAGAGAGGAGACCUGGAACACUGUGCCCAUGACGAAAAACAGCAGGACCAUCGAUCCCACAAAGAUCCCAAAGAUCUCCAAGCCUCAGAUGGAUGAGAAGAUCCAGUUAGGUCCACGGGCUCAAGUCACGUGGGUGAAGGGCAGCAGUGGAGGAGCCAAAGCCAGUGACACAGAAUUGUCACGAACGACGGGCACCAGCCUCAAUCGGUACUCCGCACUGCAGUCAACGCCGCCAGCACAGCCCUCCAGCACUCCUCCAGACUUUGACUCCAGGAGAUCUCUGGGAAGCAGUCGUAGUAGUACAGGGAGGGAACGCAACGAGAAGCCGCUAAUCUCUGCCCCGUCGUCACGACCUGGUCCGUUCAUCAGGGGAAGCAGUUCCAAAGAGCUGCUCGAGACCCAAACCCCAGAGGAGCCUCGAAGAGACCGGGAGCGGGAGGGCGCAGAGCCCCGGAGACCAAGUGUCACCGACGACAAAACAGAGUUAGAGCGCAGCCGAGUCAGGGAGCCUGUAAAACCUGAGCCUGUGACCCAGAUCCCAGACAGACCUGCCCUGACUGAGGAGGAGAUUGAAAGAAAAUCCAAGUCCAUCAUUGACGAGUUCUUGCACAUAAACGAUUACAAGGAGGCCGUCCAGUGUGUGGACGAACUUGACUUGGGCUCUCAGCUCCACAUCUUUGUCCGUGUUGGAGUGGAGUCAACGCUGGAGCGCAGUCAGAUAACACGGGACCACAUGGGCCAGCUCCUGUUCCAGCUGGUGCAGCAGGGAACCCUGCCCAAAGCCCAGUUCUACAAAGGGUUUUCGGACACACUGGAACAAGCAGACGACAUGGCCAUCGACAUUCCCCAUAUCUGGCUGUACCUAGCUGAGCUGCUCAGCCCUGUCCUGAAAGAAGGGGGCUUCUCUAUGAGAGAGCUCUUUAGUGAAUUAAGCAAACCUUUGCUUCCUGUGGGAAGAGCUGGGAUCUUAAUUUCUGAAAUACUGCACAUACUAUGCAAACAAAUGAGCCAUAGGACUGUGGGGUCUUUGUGGAGGGAAUCUGGCCUCAACUGGACUGACAUCCUACCUGAGGGAGAAGAUGUCCAGACAUUCAUCUCACAACAGAAACUUCAGUUUGUUUUGUCGGACGGCUCCGGUCCUGAGGCUGCUCUGUCUAGAAAGAUCUUGUCUCCUGAGGAGCUGAGCCGGCAGCUGGAGAGACUCCUGCUGGAGGACAUGGCCAGUGACGAGCAGAUCUUUGACUGGGUAGAGGCAAACCUGGAUGAAUCUCAGAUGAGCUCGUCUCCCUUCCUGCGGGCUCUGAUGACGGCUGUGUGUAAGGCAGCAGUGAAAGAUGAUAACACCUGUCAAUGUCGAGUGGACACGGCCAUCAUCCAGAGGAGAUUGCCUGUAUUACUCAAGUACCUUAACUCAGACACUGAGCGACAGCUGCAAGCACUUUAUGCACUUCAGGCGCUGAUCGUCACCCUUGAUCAGCCUCCAAACCUUCUCCGGAUGUUCUUUGACUGUCUGUAUGACGAGGACGUCAUCUCAGAGGACGCUUUCUACAAGUGGGAGACGAGCAAAGACCCCGCUGAGCAGCAGGGGAAGGGUGUGGCCCUCAAGUCUGUCACGGCCUUCUUCACCUGGCUGCGGGAGGCGGAGGAGGAGUCGGAAGAUAAUUGACAAGAGAGACACCCCGGGACUCAGACUUAGUAGAACUGCAUCCUUUCAGCAGAACAAACAAAAAUUCAAAAUGGGUGUAUGAGCAGGACGACAUGUUUACGGCUGGAAUUUUUUUCUGCGGUACGGUUCUGAAACAUGCCGCCAUUUUGAGUUUGGAUUCCAACGGUGGAAGCACUAAAUACCUGUAUUAUACAUAGAAAAUAUUUUUGUUUUAAAUUUUAACUUACUUUUGUUUUGUUACUUUUUAAGAAGAGACUUAAAAGAUACAUAGGUUCUGGACUCUUUAAUUUAUUAUUUUUUUAAGGACUGCAAAUAUGAAAGUUAUUUAACAUUUGCAGAUGCUCACAGUGAGAACCUGACAACAGAAAUAACAAUAUAAUUAAUUAUAAUAACAAAAUAAUAAUUGUGAGAUAAAUAGCCUCCCUGGAUUCCACACUGUUUGGUUUAAAACAGGGUAAAACAAAAUUAUUUUGGGAUGAAGGGGAAGCAGAGAUAAGCGGACAGGAACUAUUAAUGUUGUCCAUGUAUGACGCUUGAAGUCAAAGGUUGUCUCCUGAUGACUAGGAAGUGUUCCCUCAGCCUUUGCUUGCUCUAUGUGAUAUGUACAAAAACCUCCACGAGAGGUAAAAGUGUGCAGUCGAGAAGCGAAGCGAGUCAGUCCACAGAACUGUCGAAAACGACGCAGACGAACAAACCGGAUACAUUCAACUGAAAUGAGCAAAAUGCAACUUUAAAAAGCAAAUGGCCAGAGUCAGUGAACAUAAAAAUGCUUGUAAUACUUCAGACCUACAGAGCAAAUUAAAAGCUUGUAAAUACAUUAAAGACAAAAAACGUAUUUGAAAAGAUGA